UGAAAAAGUUGGUGAUGUCAAACUGUUAAUAAGGUGAAAUAUACCAAACUGGCUCGUCCACUCGUCACUGGCUGCAAGGCAAGAGCUGACUGCCACUUUCCACUGUCCCGAGAAACGCCGAGAUGAUGGCCGCUGUGGCUUCUACCAAUCCCCUUUCAUCUGCUUUCUUUUCUCGCCAGGGCUUUCUGGGCUCAAAGUAUAGUAACUCCAGUUGUAGAGCGCAUAAGGCUAAGUUCAAAAGAUGCGGGUUUCAGAAAAUAAGAGCUGCAUUUGAGCUAAAGCCUCCACCAUACCCAAUGAAUGCAUUGGAACCUCACAUGAGUCGUGAAACAUUUGAAUAUCACUGGGGAAAACAUCACAGGGCUUAUGUGGAUAAAUUAAACAAGCAUAUAGUUGGAACUGAACUUGAUGGGAUGCGAUUAGAAGACAUUGUAUUGGCUACAUACAACAAAGGCAAUACGCUUCCUUCUUUCAACAAUGCCGCACAGGCUUGGAAUCAUGAGUUCUUCUGGGAGUCAAUGAAGCCAGGUGGUGGUGGAGAGCCAUCAGGAGAACUACUAGAGCUGAUAAACAGAGACUUCGGUUCCUUUGACAUGUUUGUGAAAGAGUUCAAAACAGCUGCAGCAACACAGUUUGGCUCUGGCUGGGCUUGGCUUGCAUACAAGGCCAACAAACUUAACGUGGAAAAUGCAAUAAAUCCCCUUCCAUCGGAAAAAGACAAGAAGCUUGUAAUUGUUAAAACCCCCAAUGCUGUAAACCCUCUUGUAUGGGAUUACUCUCCACUCCUAACAAUAGAUGUCUGGGAGCACGCAUAUUACCUAGACUUUCAGAACUGUCGGCCGGACUACAUUUCUGUUUUUAUGGAGAAGCUUGUGUCAUGGGAAGCAGUUGGUUCUCGGUUAGAUGCAGCAAAGGCUCGAGUUGUUGAGCGUGAAGUAGAAGAACAGAAAAGAAGGGCCGAGGAGGAAGGCCAAAAUGAUCCAAAAGACACGGGAGUUACAGUGGUAUAUUUUGAUGAUGAUGGUAAAAUUUUUGAAGCAGACGCCUCUGAACCUGAAGAAGCUACAUGAUUAUUUAUUUGCACCUGAAUAAUAGAUGUGGUGUGUUUACAUCUUUUAACGAAACUUGAAGUUUAAUUGAUCUUUAAUGGAUUAAAUUAUUUGAAAACUCAUUGAAAGUUUCGUGUAUGUCAAAUAAAACUUAUAUGAGAUUUUAUAUAAUAAUUGACGCGCUGGUUUGAGAGCUUUCUCUCUCUAAG